AUGCACUGGAAGACAACCCUUUUUACCGUCUUCGGCCUGGCAAACCUCUGCAAAGGUGCCUCUAUUAAUCAAUACAAACCGGCGCAUACCCAGUACUACAACUCAAAGUCGGCUCCCUAUUAUGUAUCUCCUAGCGGCAUCCCUGAAGUCUCCUUCGAUGUCGGCGAAAGCUACGCCGGCUUGAUGCCCGCAAACCCAAAACUAACAGGCAUCAACGACCCGAAAUUCUUCUUCUGGUUCUUCCCCACCGUCAAUCCCAGUGGCAAGGAUGAUGUGGUCAUCUGGUUCAACGGAGGACCCGGGUGCUCGUCUCUGGAAGGCCUCACGCAAGAGAACGGACCCUUCUCCUGGAAGUAUGGAACCUACAAGCCCAUGCCCAAUGCUUGGUCAUGGCACAAACUAGCCAAUGUCAUCUGGGUGGAAUAUCCUAUCGGAACAGGCUUUUCAAGUGGCCGCGUCACCGCCAAGAACAACGCAGAGACUGCAGCUCAAUUCCUCACCUUCUGGAAGACGCUGGUUGACACGUUUGGCCUUCACAACAAGAAGAUUUACGUCACAGGCGAAAGCUACGCUGGCGUUUACGUACCAUACGUCGGCGCGGCCAUGCUGGAAAAGAAGGACAAGACGUACUUUGACGUGCACGGCGCUUUGUACUACGACCCUGUGAUGCCAUACUCCGACAAGCUGGCCUUCGACCAUGCGUCGUUCCCAGGCUUCUUCCGCCAUUGGGAAAGUGUCUUUGCCAUUCCGGAUAAGAAUAAGAAGAUUCUCGACAAAAACAACAAGGACUGUGGGCUCGAUGCGUACUUGGACUCUCAUCUAACCUACCCUCCGCCCAAGAUGCCCUGGAAGCCCGCACAAGUCCAGGGAUGCGACAUCAUUGCCAAUUUUGAUGACAUCAAAACCGUCAUAAACCCCUGUUUCAACGUCUACCAUGUCCUGGAUACAUGUCCUGUACUAUGGGAUAUUUUGGGAUUCCCCUCUGUUGAAUACACCCCUCCUGGCGCAACACUGUUCUUCAACAUUCCUGGUGUUCGCAAGGCCAUCCAUGCCCCUUCAGCGCCCAAAGAGUGGGCGUCUUGUUCAGGCCCGGUAUUUAUCGACAAUAACGAUAACUACGACCCUGUCGAGCAUGAGAAGAAACUUCAGACGCUUAUCGAGAAGACAGGUAAUGUCCUCAUUGGAUCUGGCGUUGCGGACUAUAUCAUCCAGCCAAACGCGACGGCACUGGCAGUCCAGGCACUCAAGUGGAACGGCAAACAAGGAUUCCAGAAGCCUCCCAAGGAUGAGUUUGUGCUUCCGUCCAUCACAAACGAUGACAAGAACGUGCCCAAUUGGUCGGGCGGUAGUGUUCAGGGUUCAGUUCAUUCUGAGAGAGGCUUCACGCUUGCAACGGUCAAGACGAGUGGACACAUGGUACCGCAAUAUGCUCCGGCGGCUGCUUUCAGGCAGUUGGAGUUUAUCCUCGGGCGAGCAAAGUCGCUUUCAGAACCCGAGCCAUUCUCUGUCAAUAUUUCCACGUCCUUCAACUGGCCGUAUUGA